UUGCCAUUUGAACAUGACCCCAGCAGCUGCUAGACCGUGCACCCGGGCAGCGGGCGGAUUGUGCACAGAGCAAGAGAGCGUGUGACACAGCAAAGGAGCAAAGUCACAGAGCUAUGGACGUCACCAAUGACCCGCUGCUAGACGAGCGCAGCAGAGAUGCCCCCACACUACUGCCCUCCCUGCAGAAUCUUCUGCAACUCUCGCACUCCGGAGACACCGAUGACCAAGUCCAGGCGGCGAUGGGAAUCUCUGCGAUGGUGAAGCGCGUCCGGAUAGAGCCCUCUUCCUUCGGUCCACUCUGCCACACCCUCUCCAGGCUUGUGGCCAGCGAGCACCAGGCGGUUGUGGCCUAUUCGGCGCGGAGCAUCAAGAUAUUGGUGGUGGAUGAUGCUUUGCGUCCGCAGGCAGCAGCGGCUGGGAUACCCAGCGUGCUGGCGACGGCCUUAAAAGUUCGAGAGGGCGACACGGCGUGCCUGAGGGAGAUCUUGGGGGCUCUCCAAACCCUUUGCUACGAUAUGGAGACGGUGCUUUCUGUGAUCACGACCGGAGCGCUGGAGUCCGUGCUGGAGUUGUUGAGCACGAGCAACCUGGAGCUGAAGAUCUUGUCGAUGGCAAUAGCUGCCAACGUGCUAUCCUUCUCGGACAGCCUUCUGACGGCGCACGAGGAGUGCAUCGACGCCUUCCGUGACCGGAUGGAGGCGUUACUCGACCCUGUCAAGAGUCACCGCUCCAAUGAUAUGGAAAGAGACGUAGCGUUGGCGGCGUUGGCCAACGCCUGCGGCCACCGAGUGCUCGCCGAGCGGGCAAUGUAUCUCGGGGCUAUAGAGCUGCUGAGGAAAGUCCUCAAGAAUAGCAGGAAUAGAAUUUUAGAUGUAGCCCGGACAAACGUUGUUAGUGCCUCUUUGACGCGACUCGAAAGACAUGGCUUUAUAGCGGGGGGGGACGUUGAAGCGGGAGGCGGUAGCGGCGAGGGUAGCGGUGGAGGACUUGAUGAUGACAGCCUCCGGUUUUACAGAUUCAAGUGGGACACACAUCGGUUCAUUUCAGACUGGGCGCCAGAAUCUUCUGCCCAGGCACGUAGAAAAUGGACUCGAUUUUUGGUACAUGCUGCACCAUUGUAUGGGCUAUUUUUUUUCCCGUUCCUUCUUCUCGUGUAUUUUUUGGCUUAGUCUCUCUCAGCCUGCAAGCGACGUUCCUGAGGAGGGUCUGAAGUUUGAGUAAGUGGAGGGUCUUGUCAUGCAUGACCUUCCGAUGACGAGGUUAGUUCGGGUUCUGCAACUGUUCAGCGAAACGAAUGAAGUUGGCUCGAUUGACGAAGUCGAACAGUUGUUCGCGAAAGAGAGAUUUGAAUAUUAUAAAUAUUAGUGUUUUUUACUUGUUUUUUCUAUCGUCGACUUGGCUGUAGGAGAGUGUGGUUUUGUCCUUCGGAGUACUUGUUGUCCUUAUCAUGUAUCGUAGUACGCGCAAAUUAACAAAGAGCAGUCAGUCAAUGCUUCUCUUGAACGCGAGCGAUGUUCCAAUGAACCCUCAACUUAGCAUUCUCGCAAAGUACUGUGCCUGGUACCGCGGUUAACAUGAAUGAAUGCGGUUCAUGGCAGUCUGGGCUGAGAAUGGAAUGGAAAUCCCCCGCCAGGGAAGAAUGAAAGCAGUUCUUAUAGGAGUUUUUUCCGCGCGCGAAGCGCGCGUGCGAAAAAAAAAGCGGAGCGAUAGCGGAGUUUUUUUUUCGCAAAAAAACUGUUUUAGAUGGGUCCUUUUUUUUUCCCCGCCUGGGUUCUGCGCACGUUGAAUAACACCGCCUGUCAGCCCGACCCCUGAAUUAAUUACUGUUCUCAAAUUGAUGUCCGUGUGUGUGUGUGUGUGUCCGCACCACCUUUGCACCGAUAAACAAGCCGUUUGAGGAUCGUUUUCGGUGCGGAAAAGUGCACAAGCUGUAGCGUAACAAGGCCAUCAUUCCGCACCCAAGCGUUUCUCAUUUCGUGCCCGCGUCGCUGCGUUCGGUGCCGAUAUGUACUCUAUUCACAAUCCGUUUCAUCGAUAACUGCGCCAAUUGGCGACGUUCUGCAAAAAAAACGAGUGCCCAAGCCUACUCCUAAUAGGUGAACACUUCUCGCGUCGUUGUUUCCUUGCACCAACCCCUAAGUCACUCGUUCACACCCGGUUUGUCCUCUCUUUGCGGCGUCCUUCAACUGUCAUUUGGGACACGUGUUUUUUUGUUUGUUUGCUGCUCUCCCAUCAUUGGACUCUGCCGUCUGCCCCUCUGGCCCCUAUCCUCCACUUCUACUGGCUAGACGAUCCAACCGGGGUCACAUAGGAGGGGGGGGGUUGGACCCCCCUCCUGCAGUUCAUGCCUGAGGUACUUUCCGCAGCACGGGUUAUGCUGUUGUGAUGGUGCGCGCGGAAAAAACUCCCCCCACUGUGGAAAAGAGGGUUUCGUCCUCGACAGACGUUGGGGAGUUUCAACGUUUAUGAAGGUGUUCUCCACAUUACCCCCCCCUUUUUCGAGGCUUCUUGUUUGCUAGGCAAGAGAAGUCUUCUUGGGGUAACUCCCACUGUGGAAAAGAGGGUUUCGUCCUCGACAGACGUUGGGGAGUUUCAACCUUUAUGAAGGUGUUCUCCACAUUACCCCCCCCUAUUUCGAGGCUUCUUCUUGUUUGCUAGGCAAGAGAAGUCUUGUUGGGGUAACCGGACCCCGACCGGCUGGCGGCGAGUAGAACCACCUUUUUUCCAACAAUCUUCUGUGCGUGUGUGCGGGUACACCACUUCCGCCACGCAUUGCCAGAAGUUUCGAGUUCGAUAGACAGUGCAUCGUUUCUUGGCCCACCCACCGUUUUUCUUUUUCUGUACUCCGGAAGAAAAUUAG